UCCAACAAAGAAUCAGCGAGAGUAGCUAGUGACAAGCGACAAGAGUACGGAGCGAUUUGUGUGACGGAUAAACGCUGUAUUAUCCUUUCGAAAAUACUGAUACGAGAAUGUCUCGUACGUGCUGGACCGUCGGACGAAACACGGAACUGGUGGUGGAUUGGUGAAAUUCGUGAUUCUGAGUGUAUUGUAAUUAAUGUGUAAUAUGCUUGCCGUGGAUUCUCAACCGAGGAAAGCGAACGAGGAAAUUACGCUGCGGAGAGAGAGAGAGAGAAAAGUAAACGUCUCAGUAUCACCAAUUCACAAAUCGCACCGACAAUCGACGCAUGAACAGAAUUAUAAAAAAAUAUCGCUGCGGCGCGCGGCUACGGGAAACUUUUAAUCGUUGCUCGCCAUCUCCCAACCACUGCCAGCGAAUGUCACGACAAACGAAGAGAGAUAAGAGUGCCGGACACAAGCGACAUGUCGAUAAUCCACAACUGACAGCAUGGCCUGGUGAGGAGCUCGACGAAACGUCAAAUGUUGGCGAAUGUUAUUUCAUCGUUGCUUGUGAACUGCCAGUUGGCUAAAACUCUGCGAGUCGGUCGAGUGUUUGGCAAUGAUAGUCGGUGUUGCGUUGACAUAUUAAAAUCUGAAUGCGAAACCGCGAUUGUGUUGUUAUACGGGCUUCUUAUCGGCUCUUCUGAACUAGCCUAAAACUUUUGAAAGUGACAUUCUUCUCGAUCUCUCCCUUUCGCGCUUACAAUUCACUUAUCAUCCCGACAAUGGAGCCUGAGAAUAUUGUAAUGCAGGGCAUCCUGCUUUUACCACCGCAAGGAAUGCUGGGACAACUCAAGAAAACGUGGCACAAGAAGUUUUGCCAACUUUUCAAGCCCAGCAAAAUUGGUAUCAAACGACUCGAGGUUUUCGACAGCCAAGAGGAAGCUGUCUCGCAGCCCCACUCCUCGAAAAUCAUCACCUUAGAAGCUUGCGUCAAAAUUGCACCCAGCAAUCAACCCAACGUAUUCACCGUUGUCACGAAAACUGGAAUUCAUCACUAUGGCUGUUCCUCGGAGCUUGAUAUGACAAAUUGGAUGAACGCAUUUCAAAUAGUUGCCUUUGCAGACAGCUUUCCCCAACAUAUUAUCGAAGAAGACAAUGAUUUGUAUAGUACGGCCGGAGAAGGAAUCUUUGCGGUUAAGCUCGUGGAAUCUGAUGCCUCGAAGCGAUGCAAACUAGAGGAGAAAAAUUAUACAUUGAUAUUAGCGGCUGCCGAUAUGAGACUCAUGGAUGGAGAAGAGAUUCUGUUUACCUGGCCCUACAAAUUCAUAAGGAGGUAUGGAUAUAGAGACGGAAAGUUCACCUUUGAAGCUGGUAGGAAAUGUAAAUCUGGCGAGGGAUUGUUCUGUCUGGAGCAUAGCAGUCAACAGAUCUUCAAGUGCUUGUCUGCUAAAAUGAAAUGCAUGAAAAGAUUGCUUAGUGGGGAUAGCAGCCCCAGUAUUGAUUUUAACAAUGCUCAGUAUCACGCCGCAUUGUCCAUGGAAGCUGGUUCCAGGUCCCCUCUACCACCAUCCCUUAAUAGCUCUGGAAAUUUAAUUGAUCUGGAGUUUUCAACGAUAUCACAAAACUCCCAGAAAUAUUCAAACUCAUCGUCGUUAUCCAAUGAUCAGCCCGUGUCCUUUAUAAAACCACCACCACCUAUUAUAAAACCAAAGCCAGCAAAACCACCCAGAAGGCACAUGUUUACCGGCCAUCAAGAAAGAAAAUCUCUCGAAGAAGAAUUACCUGACACAAUGAUGCAUGGAAAGUACACUAGAUUGAAUUCCAGUAGCUCUACAGAAUUUCCUUCAAGUUGUAACAACAACUUGAUGACUAUGGAUGAUCAAAAAAAUCCCUACGAUUCGGUAGAGGUGAGAAGUGAUGCAUGGAAAACACACGGCGCUGAUAAUGUACUUCAUACGGAAGCGAUCAUACCUUGUACAUCUGACGAAGAGGCUCAGUAUGAAACAAUGGACACAUGGUCAUAUGCCUCGCAGAGCUCAACUAAGAGCAAAACGAGCAGCAAUGAUAUGGUUAUCACUCCAACCUGCCCAAUCAUCCACAACAAUGUUUCGCACAGAUCUGAACCACCUAACUACGACAAGUUGCAGCAUUUUGGCUCUACGCAUAAGCUAAACCAGAACUCUGGUUACAGGACACCCAACGUGCAACCUAAUUCCCAAAUCAAUGUACCCGCAUUACCUCCUGUAGUGGAUACUGAGCCAUCGUCAUCUUGGGAUGAUUAUGAAUUUAUCGAGGAUAUUAGCACCGCUAGAUCUGCAAAUGACAGCAGUCAUGGUUAUGGAAGGGUUAGAAAAAAAGUAACCCUGCCAAAUAGCGCUGGGCCAAAUCAUAAAAUAUACAACCAAACUGAAUAUGCAGUAAUAUCCAAGCCAAGAAAGGUUUAAAGAUUAUUUUUACCAAGUUUUGGUAUGCAUAUUUUGAAACAUCUGCCUGCUGAUCUACACACAAUCAGCGGACAGUGACAAGCAAUCCUUCGAGUAUACCUUCGACUGAUCAAAACUCGGAUCUAGUGCCUUAUUACUAUAAUCAUAAUAAAUAAUAAGUGAAAUAAGUGAUGACAGAAACCAAAUUACAUGAAAUGAUGAAAAUAAAUGAUAAUCUAAUAAUCUCCGUGAAUUUUAAAACUAGCGUCACGUACUUAGUUACAUUUAACAAUUGUGGAUCUUUAUUUCAGUGUUAACAUGACUUGUCUCAAAGGUUGAGACAGCUUUCUGCUACCAUCAAUAAUUCAUACUUGCCGGUAUUAUUAAUUGCAGUUUUCCUCAACUUCUAAAGCCAUACUCGCAUGAAAAGUUGUCAAUGUUUACCAUCAAAUUAUUAUGAAGAUGCCACAAUUAUUUAAUUAAUUUAUAAUAACUAAGUAGGCUGUAGAAAUAAAAGGAACAUAUUUUACUAUAAAGUAUCAUAUAUACAUAUAUAUUAUAUAUAAUUAUAAAUGAUAGUUUAUCGUUAUAUUUUACUACUUUCGUACUAUGAUUUAUACCUCUAAUCAAAGAGUGGUGCAUCACAUAGCUUUAUAUAUGGUCAAAUAUACUUAGAGUUAUAUUAUCACAAAUGACCAAAGAAUGAUUAUUGAAGUUGGUAGAACAUUGUUGACAGACAUUUUAUGCCCUCGCAAAGUACACCUCCUUGAAACACCACAUUGGCAUAAUGGUUCUUCAUUUUUAUGUUCGAUGAGUCAGAAAGCAGACAAAGAUUAGUGUUACGAUUUUUUUAUGCUACUAUUUGGUUUUUAUUUUUAUUUUUGCUGCAAGCAAAGCAAUCGGAAUAUCCUCAAGUUAUAUUCUAGAUUGUGACGCUCAUUUAAAUUCAUUACAAAUACGUCGCAUGGAAGAAUGACUAAACAUCACAUUUUAAAAUCUUGUAUUAGUCAACCGAACCCAACGUAUUGAACUCUCAAAGUUUUCGCAUUGAAAACAGUUUUGUUACACACGAGUUGUAUAGCCUUUCUUUCAAGUACCUAUCGCAUUAUUCCAUUAAACUAUAUUAUAUUUUUUACCUGCUUGUAUCAUAAGUUUACAAGAGUAUGUUUGUCUAAUUAUUAAACCCUCGAUAAUAUUGUGCCAACGAACUAGUUUAUAUGUUGAAAUAAAAAUAAAAUUGGUCAGUUUUCAAGGUGUAGCAAAAUUCGCACGCACGCUAGUUACAAAUGCAAAAAAAGGAAACAAAUAUGGAAAAUCACUUUACUGUAGCAGUAACAUUAGCAUUGCUAUUUACAAAAGCUGACAUAAGUUUUAUAUUAUGUGUGUAAGUAUUUUAUACUUGUUCGAAA